AUGCAUGCUGCAGCAGAGGACCUGGGGAUAAAGAUGGAAACGAAGGGAGAGCCACCGGGUCUCCGAACGAGAGGCGAAGUGGUUGUCACCGUGUACGAGGAGCUGCCGCCGUUUCGCCGGCGUCCACCGGAGCGGGGCUGCAGCCGGAGUCGGGUCCCGAAGCCUGCGCCGCCGCGCGGCGGCGACCGAAGAGCGGCGCUCCUCGCUUACUCCCAGCAGCUGCGGAAGACGAACGGAGAACAAGAUCAGAUGGCCCAGGAGAAAGGAAAUUGGAGAACACAGGUGAUCUUGCCAAUUUAAAAGCUUUUAAUGGCCUCAUUCCUUGAGGAUUUCCCAUUUGCCAACAGCAGAUAUGGGGAACGUGGGGGUCGACGUCCCGAUGGAGGCUGCCGUCGUGGAUCAGGAGACUCCUCGGCCAACAUCGGCGGUGGGGAGACGGGCGGUACCCGCCGGAGGAAGACGAAGAGGAGGAAGAAUUACUCCCACAAAGACGACCGUCUUACUGCUGCAGGGUGAGUUUGCUGUUCCUCGCUCCGUCUAGGCCAGGCCAUUGCUGCUCAACGCAGCGCCUGGGCUUCCUCUAUCAAGUCUCAUUCCCCGCCACCCCAUUGGCAGAUUCCUGCCUCCUCUUUUGGGGGAUGCCGGAGGAGAUUGAAAACACUGUUGGACCGGUUCCCUCGCGUCUGGAGAAUUUGUGGGAACCUGAAAUGCUGGAGGAAGAACCACCAUGGAGAUAUCUGUCAACGGAGAGCAAGAAUUAAAACCGAUACGAUUAAAGAACCCCAAUGA